AUAGUCUGGACCUUGCCAUCAUGCCGGUCCAGUUUCCUUCAGCUGUGUUCAUCAUGCCAUGGCAUGGCAUCGUCUGGACCUUGGGAUCAUGCCAUGGCAAGGUGGCAUGAUGGCAAGGGGCACCAUGCCAUCCUGUCAUGGCAUGGCAUGGCUAUGUUCCAUCAUGGCAUGACAUCGUCUGGACCUUGCCAUCAUGCCUUGGCAUGCCAUGUCGGGUGCAGUAUCCCGGCGCCGUGUUCAUAAUGCCAUGGCAUGGCAUCGUUUGGACCUUGAUGGGAAGGGGCAUCAUGCCAUCAUACCAUCGUGGCAUGCCAUGGCCUCGCCAUGUUCCAUCAUGGCAUGGCAUCGUGUGGACCUUGCCAUCAUGCCAUGGCAUGCCAUGUCGGAUCCAGUCUCCCGGAGCCGCCGGACCUUGCCAUCAUGCCAUGGCUUGGCCCGGCGUCGCAGAGACGGCAGACCAUGCCAUGGGAUGUUCCGGCGUCCCGGAGCAGCCGGACCAUGCCAUGCUAUUGUCUGCCGUUGUGGAGGCGUCGGACCAUAGAAUGGCAUGGUCCGGCGUCCCGGAGCCACCAGACCAUGUCAUGCUAUGGUCUGGCCUCGCGGAGGCGUCGGACCAUAGGACGGCAUGGUCCGGCGUUCCGGAGCCGCCGGACCGUGCCAUGCUAUGGUCUGGCGUCACGGAGGCCCCACACCAUACAAUGGCAUGGUCCGGCAUCCCGGAGCCGCCAGACGAUGCCAUGCUAUGGUCUGGCGUCGUGGAGGCGUCGGACCAUACGAUGGCAUGGUCCGGAGUCUCGGAGCCACCGGAGCAUGGCACAGUAUGGUCUCGCGUCGUGGAGGCGUCGGGCCAUACCAUGGCAUGAUCCGGAGUCCCGGAGCCGCCGGACCAUGCCGUGGCAUGGUCCGCCCUUCCGGCGGCUACGAACCAUAUCAUGGCACGGCCCGCCGUUCACCGUCCCGAAACGUCGUGCAUAUGCCAUUAGGUCUUGCGUGGCGCCUUUGGGACACCUGCCCACACCAUUGCACGGUUCCCCUUGGCACGAAGGGAAAGAAAACGUGGACGUGGAACGACGGUAGGUAGAUACACAGCACCCCUUCGAGAACAAAACAUUUCCUUCCAACGAAUGGAAAAGAACGCUGAUGUGGAACGGCGAAAGCUUCAUAAUGUCAUGGAAUCAAACGGUCACCCCGCC